AUAGUGAAGUAUAGUACUUUAAUUUCUCACUACUCAGGUAGGGAAAUCAACAGGCCGGAUUCAUGGGAGUUUGGUCAUCAAGACCACGGGCCGAAGGCGUACGUGGCCAGGAGAGUGACAAUGGUAGCGCUAGAUUCUUGAGCCGGCGUGCAAGAGGGCGGGUGGAGAACAAGUUGAAGGACCUAGGAGGUUACCUGCCUUUGUAUAAAGCUGUUGUUAGAGGUGACUGGAAUGAAGCCAGGAAAUUCUUGGAUGAAGACCCUGAAGCACUAAUUGCUAAGAUCACCAUAGCGUCUGAAACAGCACUUCACAUUGCGGUUGGCACAGGAAAAGAUCUAGAGUUUGUGGAGAAAUUGAUAAGGAGGAUGUCCCCUGAAGAUUUGGCACUCACUGAUCAAAAUGGGGAGACUGCACUAUCAGUAGCUGCAGUGGUUGGCAAUAUUCGAGCAGCUAAGUUAUUGGUGAACAUACACUGGAAGUAACAUUUAAUUUCCUAGCUAGAAAUAUUUCUUGCUAUUUAUGUAGGUUUUUAUUUCCUAGGAAGUGCUACAAGUUCAAAGUUAUCGAAAGGUUUUCUAAUAAAAAUUUAAAAUAUGUAUCAUAAUGAGAUGUUGGGACAAUAGUACAAGAAUUUCAAAACGAAUGGGGUUAAUUAAUAUAGCUUAGUCUCUAGAGAAGAGUCGUUGAAAAUGAUCUUUAAUAUUUUGAUCUCUAUGAGUUUAUCAGGCAUUGGUCUCUAUUUGGUUGAACGGUACCCGGAGAUGGCUACAGCUGAGGUACAUGGUGUGGGUUCCCCGUUGGCUGUGCUAGCCAGAAAGACUAAUGCUUUCCCCAGUGGUGCUGUUUCACAUUGGCAACUACUAUAUGAUCAUCAUGGUAUGCUAUUCUA